UAAAGGUUGUUUUAUGAUUUGGGCUUAAGAAUUUAGUCCAGUUUGGGGAAAGAGAAACAGCAGUAGUCUGGAAAAAAGGGCCCUUAAACGAGACCAUGAAAAGCAACAUUGUAUAUUUGUGGAUUUGUGCUUUUGCAGUAAUUCAUGGACAUCAAGAGACUUUACCACAACCCUCCAUCAGUGAUAAACUCCCAUCAUUGAUAAAGAUGAACAAUGAUUUUGCUUUUCAGCUGUACAAGAAGCUUGUAGAAACACCAGAUUAUCAGUUCAAGAAUAUCUUCUUCUCUCCCUUCAGUGUGUCUAUGGCCCUUUCUGAGCUAUCUUUAGGAGCUGGUGGUGAAACCGAAAAGCAGCUUCUCAGUGGCAUCGGCCAUAACAGCUCGGUCUUCAGCAUUGAAGAAAUGCACCAGAUGUUCCACAGUCUUCUGGAAGAAAUGGAGCAGAGUACAGGGGUGGACAUUGACAUUGGCAGUGCUUUAUAUGUAAGUGACAAAAUUAAGCCCCUUCCUGAGUUUUUGAAGAAGAUGAAGGAGUUUUACUACUCUGAUGGAUUUACUGUGGAUUUCGGUGCCAAAGAAACACUGGAUAAAAUUAACACGUACGUGAAGGAAAAAACACAUGGGAAAAUAGACCAAGCUGUUGAUCAUCUGGAAUCUAACACUUUCAUGUUUCUUCUCACUUACAUUUAUUUUCAAGGAAAAUGGGACACGUCGUUUGAUCCAAGCAAGACCCAUGAAAGUAGAUUUAAUGUAGAUGCUGAGACCACAGUUCCAAUACAAAUGAUGCACCAGUACGCAUCCCACAAAGUUUAUUAUGAUGCCGAACUCACUUCUAAAGUCCUCUGUCUAGACUACAACGACUCUUUCUCCAUGUUUCUGGUUGUCCCACAUAAUGACAUAUUCGUUGAACCUAAAACCAUCAAAGAUCUGGAGAUGGCCAUCUCUAGACAGCACAUUGAGAAGUGGAGGACAGCUGCCAGAAAAAGGUUGGUUUCUUUCUAUGUCCCCAAGCUCUCUCUCAAAACGUCAUAUCCCCUAAACGAUAUUUUGAAAGGACUGGGAAUGGCUGAUAUGUUUACAGAAAAAGCCAACUUCACAGGAAUUUCGGAGGAAAUGAUCUUCAUUUCAAAGGCUGUGCAUAAGGCCACUCUGGAUAUGGAUGAGAAAGGAACCACCGCAGCAGCAGUGACGAGAGUUUCAUCUGGGUUUUCCUACAACCCAAUGUCGUCUUUGCGUUUUGACAGUCCAUUCAUGAUCUUUAUCAUUGACCAAAAAAAUGGCAACAUCCUCUUCUUCGGAAAAGUUGUCAAUCCAGUGGAAAAACUGUAAUGUGACAAUUAAGAUCUCUUGACAACAGGUGGCCAUGACAAACACUAUUUUGCAGUCUCUUCAGUUUGUAUGUGUUGAUAUAUGACAUACAAAACUGAGUUUAGUGACAGAAAGGCAUUGCUAGAUCUAAUGAAUGCAACUAUGUACGUAACAACCCUGUUGAAAAACCCUAUUAGUUUAAGCUGGUCCUAAGCAACUAGUUACUGCUCAGGGCCAGCUCAUAACCUGAAAAAAAAAACUGCAUAUGCUAUCCAGCUUAAACAAGCUUAUGACCAACUAAGGACCAGCUUAACCAGUUGCUAUGCUUUAAAACAUACCUAACCAGCAUAUGCUGUUUUUUCUUUAGGAGUACACCUAACUGGAAAGAGAAAACUGGCAAAAACUGGCAACACUGGCCUUUGUCUUGAAUUAUUUUCAUACAAAAAAAACAUUCUUUUGAACAAACACUUUUUUUAUCUAACAUGUCAGUAUGCACAAAAAUACUAAAAAAAUAAAAAAGCCAUUUUAAGAGUAGCAUUUACAUGGUGUCUUUUGGCAACUCAGUAUCCUUAUGCCAAUUCAAUAAAAAAGGCACUAAUGUUAGAUAAUCACAUAAUUUUAACCCAAAUCAUGAUAACUUUAAUAUAAUAAAAUAACUUAAAUAUAAUAAAACACUAUUUAUCACAAUAAUUAUAUUUAAUCUCUGAUUUGUUUGAAUAUACUCCAAUUUGUCUGAUUUGUAAAAUAUAGUCCAAUAAUCUGCAGUUUUAUUCACAACUACGAUUCGCCUAAAUUGCCCAAUUGUGCAUUCCAGAGUCAUAUAACAAUCAAUAGCUAAAUACUUGUACAAUUAUACUCUGUAAGCUGGCAUUUUGAUAUAGGAACCACCAAUGAGCGAUUGAAUUAAAGUGAUGCAUGAACUGUUCA